AUGGCCCCGGACAUGCAUGUGCAGUAUUCCCAGGUUUUGCUGGAAAGAAUGGAGGCAUUCCCCGAAGGAUCCGUGAAGACAAGCUAUGCGAACCGUGUGACAAAGCUCAGCUUGCCAAAGCCAGCUUCCAGGCAGAAGAUGGUGUCGAUGUCCUUGACUGCGUCGGGUCUUUCAGGUCGGGGUUUGGGAGGGGAGGAGUUGUUCCUGGUGCCGGAAGAAGGCCUGGCUUCGAAGAUGAUGCUCGGCCAAGUCUUGGAGGAGAUAGCGCUACGUUUAUGCAUCCCAACUGAUGGCCUGACACUUCUCUGGAAUGGUCGGGCCCUUCGCAGCGCGAUGCUGUUUUCGGAUCUGAAGGAAUCUCUUCCAGAAACCGUGCUGCGAGUGGACUUGGACUGCGAUGCCUUGCUUCCCCUCGUUUGCAGAAAGCUCAGGCCGGCAGAAGUUAGCUUAGGAGAGGGAAGCCUGGACCUAGAUGUGAAGUUCGACGAACUGCCCGAGAUCGUCCAGACCAUCUGUAAGCCACGGACGUUUAUAACAGACGAUCGAGAGCAUGGAGACCUCCUCUUGAGCUAUGGAAGGGCGGGUGUGCUUGCAUAUCAGCUACGCCGUGGCCCAUACGACAGUCUCAGAGCCGGCCUUCUCGAGCCGAUUGGCUACUUCCCUAUGGCACCAGUCUGGCAGCUCCCCAGAGACUCCAAGCAGGGCAGCAGGAAUUUGGACGUUUGGAGCUGCAAAAUGGAGGUUCCCUCGAUCAAGAAGCUUCUUGAUGAGCACGCAGCAGAAACACAGGAUCGACCCCUUCCCCGCUAUGAGAUGAUUGUGGACCCAAACCAAUUUCUUUCUGACACGCCUGACGGGCCUGUGUGGGUGCCGUGCGAGUUCGACGUAUCUGCAGAUGGGAGGGCAUGCCUCGUUGGAGGUCCUCGAAGCCACGCCUUCCCAACUCUGGCUGCGCGAGUCGCGCAACCUGUCCUGGAGGCGGCGCUUCCACUUCUUGCGCGGCUGCGGCGGCCGCAGCUCCUGCUUGACGAGCGCAGAAUCCAGGUGGUAUUCAAGGCACAGCGAAUUAUUGUGCCAGCUGCUGCCACAGAUGGGUCAGACUCCGAAUAUGUUGGUCUCUGGCAUGUCGAUGGCUACCGGGAGCACAUUGCUGCUGUCGUACUGUACUACUACCACGUCGACGAGGGCCUGGAGGGCGGCAACAUGGAAUUCUGUGGGCGCGAGCCGAUGGAUGUCUUGGGCAUUGGAGAUUGCAGCAACAACUUUUACAAGCUGACCAAAGACCGACUGCGUUCAGCCCUACGUUCCGACGGAUCGUGCUUGGAGACCUGCCGUGUGCCGAUCUCCACUGGCAGCCUCUUAGUCUUCUCGAACUACCAGGUUGCGCACCGGGUUCUCCGGAUGGUGAAUCGCGGGAGUGCAGAAGCAUCGAGGGAUUUUGUAGCCCUCUUUCUGGUGGAUCCUGCGCGGCCGCUGACACCUGCAACGUCAGUGCUAUCCCAGCCCUACAUGCUCACGAGAACGCUGUCGCCGCCUCUGAAGACUGCUGAAGUGCAGAGCAUCUUGGAGUUCCUGGGUGUGUCACAGACCACCAGCAGCGCCAGGAGGCUGCGGAACUCGCUGCUUUGGGAGCAACUGCAGCCAUCGGGAGAAUUCUGUGCCAACAGUGGUGUGGUUGCAACAGGAAACGGCUGCUACACCAUGAUCGGAUGGCUGCACAAGCUUCUGGCUGACCCGCAGCCGCCCAGUUCCUUCCGUAACAUGCGUGACGGGGAGGAUCGCAGGUUGAAUUAUGUUCGAGCACUGAACCUGGCACCACAAGAGCUGGAUCGGGGCCUCUCCGAGGCGUUAUCGCUGGAGUCCAUGGACUUCGAGACGCGCCUGGCCUUGUACGAUGCAGGGUAUGACGUGACUGAUGAGAGUGAGCGUCUCUUACAGCCUUGA